AUGGAGAGCCUUCUUCUUUCAUCAUUCAUUGCACUGACUGCUUUCCUAUCAUUCACAGACGAGGCGUGGGCUUCAGUAGGUAUACGAGGGCUGCAAACCUUAAAGCAAGGAGGCUCAUUGUCCGUAGAAAGAGAGAAUGAUUUCUUGGUUUCCCUGAAUGGGUCCUUCUCCAGUGGAUUUUUCAAGGUUGGUAUCAAUGCCUACUGCUACUCCAUCUGGUUCACGAACUCCGCCGAAGGAACGGUAGCUUGGAUGGCCAACAGAGACCAUCCUGUGAAUGGGAAGCUCUCCGAACUAACCCUUCAAGGAAAUGGCAAUCUGGUCUUGACUGAUGCAGAUGGGACAACCGUUUGGGGAACCAAUACAUACUCGCAGACAGCGGUGGAAGCACAGCUUCUUGAAACAGGCAAUCUGGUACUUAAAAAUCAUGUAGGAGAGAUAAUCUGGGAGAGUUUUGACUCUCCGAUGGACACUCUCCUUCCAUCACAGCUGCUCACCAAGACCAGCAUGUUGGUCUCUAAGAGAAGCCAAAGCACCUAUCUAUCAGGCUACUAUAAUUUCCACUUCCGCGAUGAUAAUGUACUCAGUCUCAUCUACAACAGUCCUCAAAUUUCGAGCCUGUACUGGCCAAACCCAGACCUGACAGUAUUCCAAAGCAACAGGACAACUUACAACAGCUCCAGAGUAGCUGUUCUCAAUGAAAUGGGCCACUUCAGGUCAAGCGACAGUCUGAAAUUCGAUGCAACUGAUUAUGGAGUGGGCCCCAAACGCCGGUUAACACUAGAUUAUGAUGGGAUCUUGAGAUUAUACAGUCUCAAUGAAUCAUCGGGGGAUUGGACGAUCUCUUGGUCACCGAAUUUGGACACAUGUAGAGUCCACGGGCUGUGUGGAAGAAACGGCAUCUGUCAUUACACGCCAUCACCUGCCUGCACAUGCCCGCCCGGAUUUAACAUGACAGACCCAUCGGACUGGUCCAUCGGCUGCUCAUCUCGUUUCAACCAGACCUGUAAUCCAGCCGAGUUGGGAUUCAUGCAGCUAUACAACACUGAUUACUAUGGCUAUGACUUGGCCAGUUAUGGUGUUGGUAUGACCUUCGAGGCAUGCCGGAAUACGUGUCUGAAUGACUGUCAAUGCACAGCUUUCGGGUAUUCAUUUGAUGGAAAGGGCCAGUGUUUCCCAAAAGGCAUUCUCUUAAACGGAUAUCACAUGCCGAACUCUCCCAGGAUCAUGUAUAUCAAAGUUCCAAGCCAAGCAAUCUUACAUGGGGACUCCACAAUGUCGAAUAUACCUCAUUUGAGCUGCUCAGAUAAGAAUCUUGUUCUCGGAAAUGAAACGAGCAGAGAUGUCACGGAAUAUUCACAUAUGAAGUACCUAAUUGGAUUCGUGGCUGCUUUUGGCCUUGUCGAAAUGGUCUCCAUAGCUAUGGGGUGGUGGUACAUACGUCAAACGCAUGGAAAUGCCGAGGCGGUUGAUAUAGGUUACCUUGCAGUAGCCAUGGGUUUCAAGCGAUUCAGUUAUGCAGAGCUAAAGGCAGCAACUCGGAACUUCCGAGAAGAAAUUGGGAGGGGAGGCUUUGGAAAGGUUUAUAAAGGGGUUUUGGACAACAAUAGGAUUGUGGCCGUGAAGAGAUUAGAAGGUAUGUUGCAAGGGGAAGCAGAGUUCUGGGCAGAGGUAAGCAUCAUAGGGAGGAUUAACCACAUGAACUUGGUGAAGAUGUGGGGUUUUUGCACAGAGGAAAAGCACAAGCUGCUCGUUUACGAAUACUUGGAGAAAGGUUCCUUAGAUAAGAUCUUGUUCUCAGAUUUGGGCAGGCAAUUGAAGUGGGACCAGAGGUUCAACAUCGCUCUAGGGGGAGCAAAGGGUUUGUCUUAUCUGCACGAAGAAUGCCUCGAAUGGGUUCUUCACUGUGAUGUGAAGCCUCAAAACAUACUCUUGGAUGGACAUUUCGAACCAAAAGUAGCGGAUUUUGGAAUGUCAAAGCUUGUUCGUAAGUGUGCCCACAACUCGAGUUUUUCAAGAGUGAGAGGUACAAGAGGGUAUCUAGCUCCCGAGUGGAUGAUGAAUCAACAGAUCGAUGCGAAGGUGGAUGUGUAUAGCUACGGGAUCGUCUUACUAGAAUUGGUGAGUGGAAGGAGUGUGUCAAGCAUUAGACCAGAUGGAUGUAGAGAAAAUGUGUAUGGUGACUUGAUUCAGUGGGUUAAGGAAGCAAUAAAACGGAGAGACGGAAUCAUGGAAGUGGCAGAUCCAAGACUGGAUGGGGAGUACGAUAUUAAGAAGAUUGAAAGACUGGUGAUGGUGGCGUUGAUGUGUGCGAAAGAAGACAAAGACAAGAGACCUGCCAUGAGUGAGGUCGUGGAGCUUCUCCUAGGAGAUGGUGGUGAGGGGUCAUAUUCAGCUAGAGGAGAUUAA